AUGCAUGUGUUUUGAUUGGCUUUCAAGGCUGUUCUUGAUUUGGGUUACAAUUUUUAGAACUGCUAAUAUCCUAACUUUUCUGAUCAGAUUAGUUUCGGGUAUUUAGAAGUAGAACCCAUAAUUUGAAUAUCCAAAACUAUAUCUAACAAUCUAAAAUUUAUUUAAACUCUUAAAAACAUUUAAAAUAUAAAAUGUACCUGAAAAUCUGGAAAUAAAACCUAAAAUAAUAUUAAGAAUAAUAAAAAACUAUAUCUGAAUAGUUGCAAAUAUAUAUUCUUUUCAGUUCAUGAAAUGUUUUUAUUUUGAGUAUUUAACCCGAGUAACAUAACCGACCGUAAAAUGUUCAGAUCUAAACCCAACUGGAAAAAUGUUUUUUUGGCUAAUUUCAGUUCGAGUUUUACAUGGAAUGAAAGCGUUUUGGUGUGCGUUCAAUGAAUAAACGCGUUUGGUAGCUGACCGCCUCGAAACUAAAGUAAGCGGGAAAAAAAAAAGCUUUCCCUCCUUAAACCCUAGAAAGUUGUAAAUCGAAGCAUCCCUCCCUGCGAGACAACAGUUCGUUUGCAGAGAGAGAGACGAUGGAAGGAAACAACAACAACAACAAGAAGAUCAGUUCCAUCUUCGAUUACUGCCACGAAACCGCUUCUCAGGAGAUUUUCCUACGGAGCUGCGGCUUCGCUCAACGAGGCGUUCCUCCAGACUCCGAUCCCUCCGUCCUCGGAGCCUCGCCGUUAAACGACGGAACCGCGCCUCGCCGUGACUCCGAUGAUUUUGAUAGUGUAAACGGUUCGGUGGGUUACGAGGUGGAGAGCCACGCGGUUCGAUUCGUCUCUCCCCCGGAAAGCCCUGAUACCGUUGAUUCAGAGGAGGAUCGUACGGCUCCUGUUGAUUCGAUUCCUUUGGAGAAACCAGCUACUCUCUUGCCAUCAUCUUCAAGAUUGGAGUCUCCGGCGAAGAAGCUUAAGAUUCCUUUGAGGGAUGUUGUGAAAGCCAUUGUUGUGAACUCGAGGAGCACAGAUGAGGAAGAUAGAGAGAUUGAGAAGAAGAAGAAGCAGAAGACGAGCUGCGUGCAGAUCCUCAUCAAUAAGGGAUUCAAUUUCCCUUGAGGUGAUUUCAAUUGAAUUCUCAAAUUGCUCUCCUCUAGGGUUCUUCAAGAUCAAGUUUUUUUUCUUCUGUAAUUCUAGACGCAAUGGUCUUCUUGUACAAUUGAAUAUCAUAUAAGAGUACUGUUAUUGGUUAGAUUCGUGUUA